CUCAAGUUCACCAUCCUUGACCUUGAUGGCUUGACAGACUCGCUCUGAACUCGCUGAAAGUAUGCCGGGGAUAUUGAGAGCUGGAAGCAAACAUAUCCAUAUAAGAUUAGUGCCUGCAAUCAACUAAUCUUGAGCUGAUCAGGUCAAUCCUCAUUCCCAUUUUGCUCGCAGGAGGGUCGCUGUUCAAAAUGCAGACCUCUCCUUCGCGGCUUUUCCUCACAACCCGUAUGCGUGCUAUGCCGCUCCGACUUGCUCCCGUUCUUGACUGCUGUUUGAAAUAAGGUGGAGGGCAGGCCGCGGCCGCCUGAGGAUACAUGCAAAAACUGUCUCUGUGCAUAUCGAAGGCUAGGAGUCUAAGACGUCAAUUGCACUUUGGAGAUAACCUGGACCAGAGCGCUGAUCAGAAAGGCUUCAAUGAACUAGAGUAUUUCUCCAAACGGUUGCAACCAAUCUUUUUCAAGCAGCUGCCUCGUGCGGCUCAAGUGGGACCACCUCUUAGCAGCAUGACUACUGAAGGCUCCCUGUCGCCGCAUGAGCCCGAGACUCUCUCCUUUGGCCCUCUAGUGCUGCAAGCAUCGAGGAUCUUCCGCAAUCAUGUCAGCACUUUGGUGUCCGCCUCCCUAACGCUGAUGGCACUCCCUCUGCUGACAUCAUUCUCAGUCGUUGCUUUUUCGGGGGCCCAAGAGCCUGGGACCAGUCCCCUUGGACCACCGAAGCUCAGUCCCGCCCUAGUCGUGCUGCUUGUUUUCAUUCCGCUGAUGUCAGCGGCCGCCACAGUGGCUCUGAUCGCUGUUGUUGUGCAUGUGGUUGUUGGGGAUCAUCUUGGAAGGACAGCUGGCAACGUGUGGUUGGCUGUCAGGCGCAGCUUUUGGCGGCUGGCAGGAACCCUCUUGGCAAAAGUGUGGGUGCUGUUCCUGCUGCUCACUCUGGACCUCAUUGGAGGGUGCGUAAUAGUGCUGCUCGUUGCAGCUGGCCACCCAGCCCCCUAUCCCAUCCUCUACGCCUACAUCUUGCUAGUGUUCAUCACGACACCGACGGUCGUCUUUGUCAGCAUGACCCUGAGUCUUGCCGAUCAUGCAACCGCCAUCGAGGGGGCCGGAAUCUGGGGUUUCCAAGCCCUUCGCCGCAGCUGGGCCCUGUCCAAGGGAAACUGGUUGAUCAUUGUUAGGAUGAAAGGCCUGGACUUUGCGACCAUGUGGACUCUCGCAGGGCCUCUGGAUUCGCUGGCUCUAAAACUGAGGACUGAGCAGCCUGGCUUGGGCCACGGUUUUGUCUUCGCGGCAUACUUGGUGGGUGCGCUUGUGCUGUGCGCGCUGGUCAUCUGCCAAAGGUCCUUUUUCAAGGUCGCGUGGUGCCUCGUUUAUCUUUCCGCGCGCAAGAAGGCGGAACCAGAAUUCGGACUGUCCACUCUACUGCAAACCUUCGAAGCGGACUCGUCAAGCCCGGAAGGCUAUGCCGGCCUCAUGAGCACCUCAAGCGAAGUAUAAGUAAACAAAGUUGCAAAUGUACGGGAUACGAUGGUACCCGCGUUCUGUGUGAUUUGGUGGCUUGAUCACUAUAGUACAUCUCUGCAUAUUUAUCGAAGUGAUUGUUUCCACUAUAAGUUCACAGGCUGAACUUCAGUACGAUCGUAUGCUCACAAGACGAAUCUGGGUGUUUGGUUGGUCUCAGUACUGAAAGCUGCGGCGGCCGGGCUGCACACGACACGUCCGACGGACGGUCUACAUUGACGAGGCAGGCACAUGGUAGAUUACGGUGAAUCCUGGGUUCCAACGAGAGUCAGCUC